GACAAAGCUUCGCGUCGCUUUUCAAUAUUGUAGACUUUAUAGAUGUGCAUACGGUUGCACAUCAACGUAACGAUAUAGACCAAGGACACUUACGUAAUCGCAACUACUACUUUAAAACUUUUUUUCUCCCAUUAUUGCAUUUGCGUGCAAUAUUGUGAGGUAACAGUGCCCGUAGAUUUUUGUCUACUGUUACGGUCAUCUUCAGUACUUAUUUGAAGCUGAUAAAACGAGAGGUGAUUUAUGGAGUUGGAACGGUGAUUUCCUCCAGUUGAUGUAGAACAGUUUGGCGGGUUGGGUUGGAGACGAAAGUGGCGAAAAUUAGUUUUUUGAAUUUUUCUUUUAGUUAGGCGGAGUUGGAAUAUGAGUGUGGUGAAAUGCUGGUCAAUUUAAUUAUGGUGAUUUUAGUGUUUGUCAAUGAAGAUGUAGUAGUUGCUCAAAUAUCAAACUGCCCAAAAGAAAAUGUAAACUUCGAAAAAGUGAUAGGAUUAAGACCACCGAAUAUCAAACCGUUAUUGCUCUUCAGAGAUCCAAAUAAAUUGCCGGUUACGCUGCAAUGCUUGCGGAAAUGCGGCGACAUUGAUGAUUGUCAAGGUUUUAUCUUGAACUACCAGAAUCAAACGUGUUAUUGGUACAGGGAAAAAAUUUAUGCGUCCGAAGAAUAUGAUAGUAUUAGUGAUUCGCAUGUUGCUUGGUUUUUAAAAACUUGCUUAAAAGUUGAAAAUUGUAAUAAAUCUUGGAUAUUUGAACGUGCCCCGGGUGCUACAUUAGUUGGGAAUGAUGCAAAAAGAAUUCCUUCAAUAAUAUCACGACAACAAUGUCAACAGUUAUGUUUAAAUGAAACUGGUUUUCAUUGUCGUUCUGCAAAGUUUUUGGUUGGACGUCCGAAUCAAACGGAAGUUAUUGGUAGAUGUAUUUUAAGUGAUACAGAUCGAAUUUUGUCGGCUAGUUCGUUUAGAGCGUCAAGAUCCGAUGAAGAAUAUUAUGGAAAUCAAUGUUCUUUAUCAAAUAAAGAAGAUUUUUGUUCUUUUGAAGAAUAUUUUAACAAAACUUUAACUCACACAGAUUUACAAAUAAAUGGAAUUACUAAAAAAGAGUGUGAAAAUAAAUGUUUAAACACUGAAGAAUUCGUUUGUAGGGGGUACAGUUUUAUUGAAAAAUCGAAUGUUUGUUUGUUACAUAGUGAAGAUAGCAAAAUAAGAGGACCAAAAUUGUUAGAAAAGAAUGAAUUGGGGAAUUAUUAUGAAAAAGCACCGUGUUUAAAUAUUUCUGUUCAAUGUACCGAUAAAAACAUGAUUAUUCGAUAUCGGCCAAAAAAUAGAUUUGAUGGGAGACUUUAUACAACAGGACAUUUUGAUGAUCCUGAAUGUAAUGUAAAAGGACAUGGAUUAGAAGAAAUAAAGUUAACCGUUCCUUUAAAAAUAGGCGUUUGUGGAAUAAUUAAAGCUAAAAAUGAUUUGAAUAGUACGCUUUUAUCCACCACAAUGAUAGUUCAAUUUAAUUCUUUGGUUCAAACUCAAGCGGAUCGUGUAGUUAGAAUUGGAUGUAUUUAUGGAAAUUCAACGAAAGUUGUAGUUGGAACCGGAGUUAAUUUUACGACGGAAUACCCCGGUUCUGGAUCAGUGGAAACUUUAAUAAACUCAACAAACUCACCUCACGUUACAAUGAGAAUUGUUGACGCAGAAACUAAACAAGAAUUAAGUGAAUCUUUGGUUGGUCAAGAAUUAGAAUUGAUUAUUGAAGCGGAAACAUCACAAGAAUAUGAUAUUUCUGCUAACCAUUUAGUAGCGAUGAGUGAUAAUCUUCAAGAUUUAAUCCCGUUAAUAGACGACAGAGGAUGUCCAACAAAUCUUCAAGUAUUUCCAGCCCUUAUUAAAACAAGGGAUGGAAAUACAACAAGAUUAACCGCAAAAUUUCAAGCAUUUAAAUUCACAACGUCGCCGAUUAUAAGAUUUAGUGUUGUUGUACAAUUUUGUAAUGGAGAAUGUCCAGGGGUUGAUUGUGGAGAUAUUGCAAGGAUAAGAACAAAACGAGAAACUGCUUCUUCUAAAGUUCAAAAUUUAUCAAAGAAUUCUUAUGAAAUUAUUGGUAAACAAAUGACUGAAGUUCCAUUACAAUUAAAUUUAACAGUUAAAGGGGACCCAAAAGAUAAAUAUCUUUAUGAUGCUGCCCAUCAAUUAAUUAUAUCAGAUAUUGAACUUGGGGCAGCUUGUUUAGAUGGUUAUAUGAUAACGAUAUUUAUAAUUCUUUGGAUUUUAUUAAUAAUAAUAAUAGUGGCUAUAUCAUUUUGUAUAACGAAACGUUAUAAAUUACAUUAUGAAAAGAAAUACAUGCAAAUGACCAUGCAAGAAAUAAACAGAAAUUUCGAACUUGGCCACAGUAAUUUGGAUAAUAAAAAAGUUCGAUUUUCCAAUCAGGACAUAGAAUAUAGUUAAAAAAAUCUUAUUACAAUUUGUGAUAUUUUAAUAUUUACAUUAACUACAGUGUUUAUAAAUUAAUACUAAACGCUAUCUUCCUGGUAUUUCGUCAUAUUGUACUUUUUUAGCUUCUUUGGUAAAAUCAAUUUGUUGUUGUAAUAAAUAAAGAUUUUCCGUUUUUCGUC